CCUGUCCUCGUGAUACCUGAAAGCCCAAACGUUUCUGUGCUUCUAUUAAAAAAAGGGAAGAGGAGACAAUGGGAAAGGGCUUGGUGCUGGAAUCCUGUACUCUCAUCCUGAGUGAGGUGGAUUUGCACCGCCAUGCAGCUGAUGGCACAGCAUGGUACCAGCCCAGGGACAGCAGCGUCCCUGACCCGAAAGGGUCAGAAAUAAGGUAAAAUGAGAACUGAAAUCAGUGUGUUGGAUGCCAGUCCACUGAAGUCACGGUUACAUUGAGUCGUGGAGAAAGGAAUUGGACGUCAGUGGUGCAGUGUUUGGCCUGCUCCUUCAGGAGUUGCGUUAUGGAAGGGGGGGGAACGAAAGCAAAAUAAAGGCCCGUUCAUAAAUAUAUCUCCUCUGUCUAUUAAAGUCAGUAUUUUGGUCGGAGCGUUAUAUAAAUAGGGCUGUACUUUUUGCUGCGCUCUGGUGAAGGGUUAUGUGUAAAAAGGGGUGAAAGCUGCAUUUGGUGUUUCAAAUAAAAACAGAGCUCCGUAUCCGGGUUCCUCUGUUAGUGUUGGCUCACGGCGAGAGGCAGCACGUGCCCUGCAGAGCAAGCCCCUGGCUCUGCACAGAUGUCGCUCCGUGCCCACGCCGCGUGGGGAUCAGAGCUGACUUUUAUUUUUCUGUUCUUUUUUGUUUUGCGGAAGGCUGAGCAGAAAGCACUGAAGCAGGCUGUGGGGACGACGACUCUGCUUUCUGAAUUUGAUGGAUCCCUCUGAGUCUGCUUUCCUAGAACAGUCUGCAGAGGGACAGCAAUCAAUAUCCCUCAGCUUGUUUUUAAUGCUGAUGCUUUUGGUCCUAAUGUGAUGAAUCUUACCGGCUGCUCCUUCCCCAGUGAUGAGCUGCGCUGAGCCUGCAGUGCCUGGAAGCUGCAGUGUUGGUGUCAGUGGGAAGGAAACAAUCUUGGCCAUCAUCUAGCAGCAUGAGCUUGGAUCCAGGGGCCUGAGCUGUGUGUAAGGAAGUGCCCAGCCCAAUCUGCAAGGCUGUGAGGAGAAUGCAGAAGUUGUUUCUGGUGGAUGAAUUCCACACCAGCACAGUGUCCUCACACAACGAACUAGAAAAACAUAGACGGGCGAAACUCCGGCUAUAUUUGGAACAGCUAAAACAGCUCGUGCCUCUUGGGCCGGACAGCACCAGACACACCACUCUAAGUCUGUUGAAAAGAGCUAAGAUGCAUAUCAAGAAAUUGGAAGAACAGGACCGAAAAGCUCUGAAUAUUAAAGAACAAUUACAGCGGGAACACCGCUACCUCAAACGCAGGUUGGAGCAGCUAUCCGUGCAGGGCAUGGAGCGCAUCCGCACUGACAGUAUGGGAUCAACAAUAUCCACUGACUCUGAACAAGAAGUAGACAUUGAAGGAAUGGAGUUUACACCCGGGGAAAUGGACAGUGUUGGAAGUGCCAGUGAUGCUGAAGACCACUACAGUUUGCAAAGCGGCUCGAGCGAUGGAGGUUACACACAUUCCCGCAGACUGAAUGCCAGGCUCUCAUAGUGCCUGAGUUACCAGUUCAACUCAGGACCAUCUGACUGAAGCACUUAUAUAUGAAUAUUCCAGAGGUGUCAACUGCCACUCUUCCGGGAAACCCCAACCACAGUACUCUGACAUGGAGGUUUCUUACCCACGGUUCCCUGCACUGUAACCACAAUAUUAGAUAUUGUAAAUCAUGGGUUUGUUGCAGAGAACUGUGGUUAGGUACAGUUGUGACUUAAAGCUAGCUUGAUGUAGCUCUACUGCAAAUUAAAGAAAAGAAAUUGUCAUUCCAUUCAAGAGGUAUUAAAUUCAAACUGUUGGAAGCAUGGCAUAAGGAAGUUUGACAGUUAUUUUGAUUUUGCAGAAACCAUUUUCAAACAUGGAAGAAUGAACAGAAACUACCAUGCGUUAGUGAUUCGGAGAUAACAAAAACCUAAAACUACUUUUUGUGGUAUUUUUACAUGGAAAAAAAGAAAAUGGAACCCUGUAUAGCAGGCUCUGUUGUAUCAAUUCUUUCAGCAGUUGUUUGGGUAAAGCAGGCGGAUAAACCUUCAAAUUACAGAUGAUCUUUAGAAAAGGUCAUAUUUACAAGUCACUACUGUACUUCAAAAUGGGGGAAAAGCCAGCUCUAGUAAUGACUUCAUGUGGGAUGAUCUCAACUUUCUUCUGCUUUUUUGUAUUCAGUAUCCAACCAGCAGCAAAUCAUUCCAUCCAUGUUAACAGGAGGAGUAGAAUGCAGCACUGCAGUUUGGACCUGUUACUGUGGAAUGGAUGACAUUGAAGCAUUUCAGUGUUUUUGGUGGUGUUUUUUUUUUCAUUUCUUUGUCUGAAAAAUACAGAACUCAAGCGAUCCAGAUUGUGAUAGCUAAUCUUUCCUUGCAGGGAAAUGAAAUUUCUGUUUGCUUGUAUUUUUUUUUUUCUUUUUACACAUGUCAAUACAUUUUUAUGGAAGGCAUGGCUUAAAAAUACAGUAUUCAGCUAGAAGAUAAUUAAUCCUUUUUUCUUUUGCACACUAUAAUUGCAUUUUCUAUUCUUAAAAAAGUGCAAAAAAUUUAAAUGUAUGCUGUAAAACAGCAAAGUUUAUUUAGUACUCAUCAAGCUGUUCAGAACAUAUUUACCCAAAUUAUAGCAAUACUAUGAAGAUGUAUUUUAAUACAACUUCUGCUUAGUGAAGUCAUUAGAGCUUGGCUUGCCGGGUAAGAAAAAAUGGACCAGUCUUUGCAUUACCUGUUUAAAGAAGGUCUUUUAAAAAAAAAAAAAAAAAAAAAAAAAAAAAAAGAAAGAAAAAAGGAAAAAAAAAAGAGAAAAAAGCUAUAAACACUUUUAGGGAAGUGAUUUUAGCAAGUGUAGUCUAUAUUUCCUGUAAGAGAUUUUGUAUUAUAUUUUCCUAAAUGUUCUCAUUUACUUGUAUAGGGAGGGGAAUGGUACAGACCCAGACCAGAGUCUCAGGGACUCUUCACCUUUGUCAUAUUGUGCCUUGGUGACCAUUUAUGUAUGCCUCUCCUUUUCAUUGUUUAAAGGACAACUAAGCUUUGUUUCCAGACCCUCCAUUUGAAUGGUCAGUUGUCCACCUUCCUACCGAUGAAGUAGAGAGGUGUGUUUAUAUCUUUACCCUCUCACAACUGAUUCAGUGUGGCUUUAAGUAAAAUCCUAAAUUUAGGUUUCGGUGCGAGGGUUGAUUGUACAAGCCCUCCUUUUGAUUCUUCAGCACCCAAAUCUAUAUUUUGUUAGCUUAUAAAGUCAGGGUCUCCGUGAGACCAGUGCUCAGUGGCUAGGGAAACACAAAUGUACUGUGUAAGGCUAUGGGAUGUCCAAGUGUGGUGCCAUUUUUAGCAUUCAGAUACAAGACCUCAUGACAUGCUGACCAUAAUGAUCAAAAACAAAGAUUCAGUUGUUCUUUCAACAUCUGACAUACGUGUCCUCCCUUUGGCUCUUACAACACCGAGUAGAAAUACGAAUACAUUUUGUGGCAGCUUACAGAUCCUUGUUUGCACUCUCGCUUACUGCUUGGAACUUGCCAACAAGGAAAAUGUAUAUGUUUAAUGUACAUAACCUAACGGAUUGCCACCCCUACUUUGGCUCUGGGGAGGGGCAUAAGGUUAUCAACUCUGGCAGCUGAAUAAGAAAACAAUUAACCUUUUCUGUGAUGCAGGUUUUGGUAUUAUGUUGUAUACACCUUGCAUUUUACUAAAAUCCUCGUUGUUGGGGAAAGCACACAGCAAUAUACUCAUUGUGUGUAGCUGACAAGCAGCAGAAAUUACUAGCUCCUUUGGUGCAUAUGAAACUAAUUUCCAAAUCAUGGAAAAAACAAAACAAAACAAAACUAAGAGUUUACUUUAACAUACGACUGUUAACAGGAAAAAAAAAACAGGCUAGUAUAUUGUUGCUGUUCAUUUAUUCUAUAAUGAACACGUUCAUAAAUUGUAAAGUGUUUCCUUUCGUGACAAGCAGCUCUUGCACAGAACCUCCUAAUGAAAAGAGAUUUGAAACUUACAGAAGGAAAGACAAAAUUUUAAAUUGAACAUUAUUGUACCUUAGGUCAACCUGAAAUUUUCCUUUUAAAGAUGAAUGUGCUAACUUAAUGAGUUCUUCCACGCUGGGUAUCCAUGGCUUUGUAGAUCUUAUAUUUUCAAUAAAAAUUACUCGAAUAAUCUUGAGUGGAAACAAAAA